AGGAUCAUCCCUUGUAUAUGGUUCGUGACAGAGUGAUGGCACUUGCAGCUGGAUAAGUCUGCAUGAAGCAGAAUGCAGUUGAGUCAGUAGGUCAAGGUGACCUAUGCCUGUUGUUCAUCCCGGUUUUAGCCUCGAUCUGGGAAUUGCAACGGGCCGUCCCGAUCCUCUCGGUAGCAAAAGUCAACCCUUUAUUAAACCUGGAGCCUUCGCAGGGCUGUGCGGGACCCGUCGUCCAACGACACAUGAGAUUGCAGAGGCCGUAUGCGGGUCAGUGUACUGCAAGCUUCGGUUCUGCACUCGCAUAUGCAAUACGUCUGUGGAAGCUGGUUCGCUAGUGGAGAACGCCAUCGAGGAAAGGACCCCGAAAGCCCAUCAUCGACGAAGGAACUGGUGCCCCCGCCGUCAGAGGCACAGCAAGCACCGGCCUUUGAGGCCACCCUCGAUCUUCUCAAUCUCUGUUGUAUCAACGACAAGGAAUAACGGCCUAUGACGGGACGCCGACGUGGAAGGCAAACGUCCUAGCCCUUCCCUUGAUCCAUUCCAUGGUCCAAGGCGGGUGCUGGUUGGAGGAGCGAUAUUCCUGCGUCGGACGUGGACGAGAACAAGCUAAUGUGUUGUCCGAACUGAACACGAGCCAAGGAAUGGAGCGGAGAGCACGAGAAAUCAGGAUUCAAGGUUUAUUAGACUUGACCGCUCCUCAGACUUGGUGCAGCUGUUGAAAGCCGGGGAGAUGGAAUGAAAUACUGUGCGAUAUUUUAGGCUUCAUGAAUAGUACUAUGGAUAGUCUAUACGCGUCGUCGGUCUUUAGAUGUGAAAACUAGGGGAUCUUAGUGAAGGAGCGGGACGCGAGCCCUGUCUACCUAUUUUGUUGAUUAGCUCGAGGAGCUUUGUUGCUCGGGACGAGGGGGUGGCGGUACGCCGGGCAGAUCCCACGAAGAGUUCUCGAGGUGGACUGAGAAAGACGUCAGUACCUUCGGCCUCGGGCUUUUGUAACUGCCGACGGUCUUG